GCCCAACAAAACCGCUGAAAUAGCUUCAAGACCCUAUUUUUAAAAUUUUUUUUUCUUUCGCCUUUUCUAUCCGUCUCUUCACGGACGCUCCUUCGCCAAAUUUCACUAAUGAUUGCUUUGUUAUCGGUGGUACGGGAAACGACAAAACCUUCAAGCCGACCGCCAUUUUAAUUGAAGAACAUUAAGUUCAGCUAGUUAACACUUGGCAACAUGGUUCGCCAUUUUUAUUUAAUAAAUUUGGAUGUUCUUCGUUGAGAUUGAUGGUUGGGCUGCUUGGAAUAGGGGAAAAUCAAAAUGAAGAAAUCACCAUUGCCGCUGCAAAACAUAUGUGGCUCUGAUAAGCAGAUAUCUGAAAAGGAAGCUUUAACUAAGCUCCUGAGAUGGCACUUUGGACACGCGGAGUUUAGGGGCAAACAGCUGGAGGCUAUACAAGCCGUUUUAUCAGGACGCGAUUGUUUUUGUCUAAUGCCAACUGGGGGAGGAAAAUCAAUGUGUUACCAGAUACCUGCACUGGCAAAAACCGGAAUCGUGCUUGUUGUUUGUCCAUUAAUAGCCUUAAUGGAAAACCAGGUGAUUGCAUUGAAGGAGAAAGGUAUUGCUGCUGAGUAUCUCUCUUCAACCCAGACAUUACAAGUCAGAAAUAAGAUCCAUGAAGACCUUGAUUGUGGAAAACCAUCUGUAAGGCUGCUGUACGUAACGCCAGAAUUGGUUGCUACACUGGGGUUCAUGUCCAAGCUGACCAAGAUUCAUGCUAGAGGACUGUUAAAUCUCAUUGCUAUAGAUGAGGCUCACUGCAUCUCAACAUGGGGUCAUGAUUUCAGGCGUAGCUACCGCAAGCUUUCAUCUUUGAGGAAUCACCUACCAGAUAUUCCAAUAUUAGCUUUGACAGCCACUGCUGUUCCUAAAGUCCAGAAGGAUGUAAUCAACUCCCUAAACUUGCAAAAGCCUUUAGUCUUAAAGUCCUCUUUCAAUCGUCCAAAUAUAUAUUAUGAAGUUCGAUACAAGGAUCUUCUGAAAGAUGCCUAUGCUGAUUUGUGUGAAGUACUUCAUUCCAGUGGAGAUAUCUGUACAAUUGUUUAUUGCCUUGAGCGAACAACUUGUGAUGACUUGUCUGCUCAUCUUUCAAAGAAUGGCAUUUCUUGUGCUGCUUAUCAUGCAGGGUUGAACAAUAAAUUGCGAAGUUCUGUUUUAGAUGACUGGCUUUCUUCUAAGAUACAAGUUGUUGUGGCCACAGUGGCUUUUGGGAUGGGUAUAGAUAGGAAGGAUGUUAGAAUGGUUUGCCACUAUAAUAUUCCAAAAUCAAUGGAAGCCUUCUAUCAAGAGUCAGGGAGAGCAGGUCGUGAUCUAUACCACUCUAGAAGUAUAUUGUACUAUGGAGUGGAUGAUCGCAGGAGAAUGGAGUUUAUUUUGAGCAAUUCGGGGAGCAAAAAAUUGCAGUCCUCAAGUUCACAGGAUGAAUUGACAAAAAAGAGUAUUUCAGACUUUCAUCAGAUGGUUGAAUAUUGUGAAGGUUCUGGGUGCCGGAGGAAAAAAAUUCUUGAGAGCUUUGGGGAACAGGGUCCUGCAUCAUUAUGUAAAGAAUCAUGUGAUGCCUGCAAGAAUCCUAAGCUAGUUGCCAAGUAUUUGGAGGAGCUUGCUACAACUUGUGCUCUAGGGCAGAGAAAGGGGUUUUCUCGAAUCAUGAUAAGCAGCUCCACUGAUAUGUUUGGCGAAGGUCAGUUCUCUGAAUUUUGGAACCGUGAUGAAGCAAACGGGUCUGAAGAAGAUAUCUCUGAUUGUGAUGAUGGAAUGGAGCUUGUGGAUGGUGUAUCAAGGUCACAAUUGUCAGAAAGAUUACAACCUGAGGAAAGGAUGGAGCUCUUGGAGCGUGCUGAAGAAAGUUACUACCACAAACAAAAGCAGGUUAGUUCUAAAUCAGUUAGUCAGAUUGAGUUUGAUUCAUCAUCUGCUCUGCUUGAAAAUGAAUGCUACAAGAAGUAUGGGAAGAGUGGGAAAUCAUUUUAUUAUUCACAAGUAGCCAGCACCAUAAGGUGGUUAUCAACUACAAGUUCUGGUGAGUUAACAAACCGGCUUGGCAGCAGCACCAGAACUUCCCCUUCCGAGAAGAUUAUGACCAGGGAUGAGCCUCCUGUGACAGUGUCGCCUUUGGAGCUUAGGAAAAUAGAAAAUAUUGACGAUCUUAGUGCCUACAGUAGACCAGCAACCACUAGUAGUGAUGCACCAUCUGAUACUAAUUCUCCCAGAAAAAGGCUGCCAGUAAUUCCAUCAUUCUCGGAGUUUGUUAACAGCAGAAAGCCAAAGAACAGCGAAACAAAUUCAUUGCAGAAGCAAAUACAUAGACCCAUUGAUAAGAAACCAGAGAAGAGAACGAGGUUGCAAUAGGCUGCGUGUUGAGGUGACCCUGGCCAUGUCUCCUCACAUGGCUUAGCUUAGUCACUACAUUUCACGUCGGCGAAACCUGAAGAGAACUAGUACAUCAACGAAGGGCCUCAUGGCUGCUUCCAACUUUCAACUUACCUGUUCCUCAAGGUGAUGAACUAAAACCUGAAGAAAACUUGUAUAUCCACGAAGGGCCUCAUGGCUGCUUCCAACUUUCAACUUACCUGUUCCUCAAGGUGAUGAACUAAAACCUGAAGAAAACUUGUAUACCAACAAAGGGCAUGGUGGCUGCAUCUAACUUUCAACUUACAUGUUCCUCUAGGUGAUGAACUAAAAGUUGUAAGUUUUGCCUAGAUCACUUUCUUUGGUACGUACUUUGCAAAUUGGUAACAACAUGUAGUUCUCGUUUAUAUGCC